GACACCCGCCGUACAACUUACGGACCUCCCGACCGACUCCAGACAACCGUCCGGUCUUUCCGACACCAGACGACCGUCUUACGAACUCCAGACAACCGUCUUACGAACUCCAGACGACUGUUUUACGGCCCCCAGACGACAGAAGGAUGUGGAGGCUGGUUCUGUGCGUGUUGGGCGCGACCGUCUGCAGCACUGCGGCGGCUAAAGCGUCCGGCGGUAACCAAGGCGACGCAGUUUCCCGCGGAAAGCGAGCCGUUCCCGCCUUCGUAGCUGACGCGGCGAAGGACGUGGCGGCGAAGGUGGUGGACAGGCUGGGAGACAGGGUCGCCGAGGGAGUGGUGGAGAACCACCAGGAGAAGGUGGUGGGCUCCCUGGAGGACUAUUUCUCGGGACAGUUCGACAAGGCGGACGAGGAGUUUGACAACGUUCUCGGGCGGAGCGGAGACCUCCUGGCAGGUGUUUCGGGAGUUGAGGAGGCGCGGCUGCGGGUGGUUCACGGCAGAGGCACGAACACCGGAGACACCUUCGCGCCGGCCAGCCAGGAGCUCACCCUGGCCUUCGACCACGAAGACGAUGAGGAGGAUGAGCAGGACAGUUCUGAGCUGAGCGCGGCGAUGUCCUACACCUCCGGCCUGGGGCCCAUCAUGAUGAGCGGCUGCUUCGGGACCGGCUACGUGGAGGGAGACCCGUGCUUCGAGGCCUUCGUUCCCAUAGAGGCCUGUGCCAACAUCAUAGACGGAGCGACGUUCCUGGGAGUCGGGUUUGACGGGCGCGGCGUCUACUCCAGCGACUCCCGGAGGAAGAGCCUCAUCAUGCGGUCCUGCAACGGCCUGCAAGGGUAUAAGGAGUUCCAUGUUCCAGACCAGAUGACUGUGCAGGGCAUUUACGACACGGACGUGGAGACCUACACCUUUAGCUCCAUGGAGGAGUACCGAUCUUACCUGGAGGACAAGUCGGCCGUGACGUCAGCAAAGGCUAUGUUCCAACAGGAGAUGAACAAGGCUCAGGGCCACGGGGCGGGCGGAGGCGCGUUCGGGCUGGGGUGGUCGGCCGGAGGCGGCAGCUCCUCACAGCGAGGCUCCGACAGGCUGUCCUCCAACUUCGCGGGCAGAUCCCAGGAGACCAGCGGUCUCAGUCAGAGUUCAACCCAGACCUUCAUGGCCAUGCUGGAGCUCAACGUCUACAGAUAUGAAAUAUUCCUGGACUUCGUCAAACCCGAAGACUUGAACUUGGCGUUCCUACGAGACUUUCUUUCUCUGCCGAAUUCCUACUUCAACGUCGGAGCAGACAGGGAAUACCAGUUUUUCAUCCGACGCUGGGGCACGCACGCCAUCACCUCCGCCAAGUUCGGCGGGCAGCUCAAGAUCAUCAAGACCAAGGCUGUGACUGAAGACGUCUCGCAGCAGAGCUUCUCCCAGGCCGCUCAGACCGACUUUAAGAAGCUUCUGGCGACCUACACGGCCCAGCAGACGCAGACCAAGUCCAGCAGCUGGUUCCACGAACACGAGACCAAGAACGAGCAGGCACGUUCCUCGGGAGAACAGACCCAGGACACCACGUCUGAGGCGUCUGUGGAAGAACAGGCAUCACGAAGCCGGAUGGAGUACAGCAAUGAGGUUCUGAAGGCUCAGGGCGGCUCCCAGCGCAUCUCGGCCGCCAUAACCGAGUUCUACACCACCAGCUUCGGCACCCUGCUCAAGGCCUGGCUCGAGUCUAUCAACGAGUUUCCCAAGGCGUUCGAGUUCACCAUGCAGCCGCUGCCGGAGCUGCUGGACAUGAACCUGGACUCGCUCUUCCCCAGCGGCAUCACGGACUACGGCUGCUUCGGCGGCACUACGCUACAGACAGACGAGCAUGGCCGGAAGUUCUACACCCAGGAGGUGCCUAUCGCCAACAGCACCAGCACCACCACAGAGGUUCGCUACUGCGACUUCGCUGCUCAGGCGGACCUGGAGGCAGCCCUCUCCAACCGGAGGCUGUCCCUUCAGCGCGCGAACGCUGUCUAUCUGGAAGAGGGUUCUUUUCUGUUCUCCGACUUCUCGGUGCCUGCGGGAGAACCCGGAUGUGAAACUGCUGAGUUGGCGCUUCUGGAGGAGGAGAACGCAGGCGCGCCGACCUGGCAGUACAUGACGUCAGGUCAAGAGUUCACGGUCAUCUUCGACAUGCCGGGAAACAUCCCCAACUUCCUCACGGCCAAGGCCAGCCUGGACGUCAAGUUCGUGUUCAACAGAUGGCUGACGGUUCGGAAAGGCUUCGCUCCGCACCUGUACGACGGGCACGAUAACGGCUACAGUGGGGACGUCACCAGGAACAAGAUCUCCGUGGGGGGUCUGGUGAUGAGUUACGAGGAGGACUCCGGUCUGCUGAGUUUGUCGCAUGACGACUUCGUGGCGUCAUCAGCGGUCAUCCCGGACCUGCCGGAGUGGGCGAACGGCAUGACUGUCGCCCGGGCGGAGUACAAGUCCCUCCUGGCAAGGCUCAGCCAACGCUCAACGAACACGAGAGGAGACAUGCCGUGUAACCUGAAGUGGUCCAACUCCCACCGGAUCGACCCUUCCCGCGGCGGCAGGUGCAUCCACUUCACGGCGGCGUCCGAGGGGGACAUGUACGUGGUGUUCGCCGGCAUCCCGCGGCAGCACGAGACUUGGAUCUACCUCGAGAUCUCUCCCAAAGGCGUGGCGAUUUAUAAGGCCAUGCGGCUUGCGGUUACCCAGUUCGAGCAGGGCUCCACGGGUCUCGGCUCCGCCACUCUGUACCAGUCUUACUUCGUCUGUGUGACGGAGGACGCCGAAGCGGGAACAACCGUCGUGCAGUACGGCAAGACGCCCGAUAAUGAGGAACGGGCCCACGUCUGGCUGGAUUACAAGUUCCGUGAGGUGCUCGGCCUGGAGUACUACGCGUUCGGCAGCGGCACGCACGCCGUGAAGCUGAUGGGCGUCACGCAGCUGGACAGCACGCCGGAGGAGUCUCUCGUCUGCCGCGAGGGGACCCGCAAGGACGGCGCCAGGUGCAUCCAGGUGUGCCACGCGGAGUGCGAAGGCUGCCGGACCACCGGUUCAGACGACCCUCGCGACUGUAUCGGGUGCCUGAACAAGAAGGUGCCUUUCCCCUACCUGGACGGGGUGGUGGGAGACUUUGAGUGUGUGGCGGACUGCCCUGACACCAUGUAUGCGCCCGCAGGGUCCUCAAGCUGCGAAUGCAUUAAGAGGAUGGAUGCCAUCACAGCACAGGGCGUGGUCACGUGUGUGGCGGAGUGCCCUCUGACUCACUAUGACGACAACAACGUCUGCAGAAGGUGCAGCAGUUUCUGUGACGAUGUAAGUGACAGCGGGGACCGAGUGUGUACCGGGCCGGAGGUGGACCAGUGCCACACGUGUCUGUACCGGGACGUGGACGGGGCCUGCACGUCCGGCUGUAACCCGGGGCAACAGGCGGUGGCGGGAGCGGCGGAAGGUACAUGGCUGUCGCGGGGCUCAUUCACGGUUCUGAACUCCCCCGGCACACCGAACGUCCUCAACGGAGUCACAUUAGACGCCGCCAAAACCUUGGACGGGAACUUUGCGACCUACUGGAAUCCCGGAGGUCUCUCCCAGAACUUCAACAACUGGUACAUCGAGCUGAACCUCAGGACUACAUACACUCUCACACGGAUCGGGAUAAGAAACUACGGAGACACCACGCACGAUGUCAGAGCCUUUAAGAUCCAAGCGCCGGUUAGUGGGAUCUACUCAGACGUGAGGGCGUUCAGUGGCGUCCAGGCGGCAACAACCGAGCUACAGGAGUUCGGUGGGUUCAGGGAAACAGCGCAGUUUUGGAAGUUCGUCAUCACAGAGACCCACUCGGGCUGGCAGCCGUGGCUCCGGGAACUGGAGUUCAUGGGAGAGACCUGUGGAGUAUCCCAGUUCCGUCACGUCCCGGAUACUGACUGUCCCGGAGGUGACAUAUCAUCCCUUCUGGGCACCACCCUGGAUAUCUGUGCAUCAGAGUGCUGUGCCAACCCGUCAUGCCAAUCCUUCCAGUUCAACGAUAAUAACAACUGCUAUUUGAAAACCAGGCUCUGUACUGACGCGGAGAAAAUUUCUGCAUCAGCCGGCAACAUGUAUGACAAGUUGUCUACAGCAGGUUGUUCAGUAGAAGGCUACGUUCCUCAUAACGGAGCUUGCUACAAGAGCGUUACGGAGGCGGUGACGUACGCUGACGCCAGGCAGACGUGUGCGGCAGACGGGGGGACUUUAGCCAUGCCGAAGGACAGCGCCACCAACACUUUUCUCUCUAGUCUAGCACCACUAGUGGGUGGUCGUUGGCUUGGGCUGACCAAGGAUAGCGGCGGCGCCUGGGUCUGGGCUGACGGUCAAACCCUGACAUCGUCCGGCUAUGACAACUGGCUGUCCACUGAACCAAGUCCCGAUAACGGUCAAGGUGGCUGUAUGGGAUAUUGGGGGACCGGAGCCGGAUGGGAUGAGAAAGACUGCAGCUAUCUCAGGGCAUUCAUCUGCCAACUGAAUGAAGAUGCAGGAGCCAGUGCAGUAUUCGGAGCAACAGCCAGUACGUUCACGUGCGAGGCGUGCCCGCCCGGGUACAGGUGCGUGAACGGGGACGAGGUGUCGGAAAUCUGCCCGGCGGGGAGCUUCAGCCGGGCUGACGGCACGGCGUGCGACCCCUGCCCGGCCGGAGAGUUCACCAGCGCGGACGGAGCGAGGGAAUGCCAGGCGUGCCCCGCGGGACAGUUCAACACGGAGGGCGGCUCUACCAGCUGCCAGGCCUGCCCAGAAAACACCUACAGCCACCCGGAGGGCCAAACCAGCUGCGAACCGUGCGCCGCGGGCUCUGUCAGUGCAGCAGGGUCAGGAACAUGCUCAAAUAUCAAUGAGUGCUCCUCCAACCCCUGCCGGAACGGCGGGAUCUGCAACGAUGAGACCAACCGCUACUCCUGUACCUGCCGCGCCGGCUACACCGGGUACAACUGCCAGACAAAUAUCAAUGAGUGUGCAUCCAACCCAUGCCGAAACGGAGGCAACUGUGUGGAUGGAGUAAACCGCUUCACUUGUGAAUGCCAAGGCAACUACAUGGGUACUCUCUGUGAUAAAGCUAUCCGUUUGGUUGGGGGCAGCCUGUCGAACGAAGGCAGAGUGGAGGUGCUGCACAACGGGCAGUGGGGGACAGUCUGCGACGACAGCUGGGACAUUAACGACGCGCACGUCGUGUGCCGGAGCCUGGGAUAUCCCGACGCUCACCAGCACACAACGCAGGCCUCGUUCGGCCCAGGCUCGGGGUCCAUCUGGCUAGACGAUGUAGGGUGCCGCGGGACCGAGGGGAGCCUGGCCGACUGUCCCCAUAACGGGUGGGGCAACCACAACUGUGGCCACUCGGAGGACGCUGGUGUGGUCUGCUCAUCCCCAUGCCCCAACCCGCCGGUGCUGACCGCCUCCAGUAUCUCGGGCUGCGGCGCCCCCUACACGGAGAACGAGUCCUGCAGUUACAGCUGCAACGCAGGCUACUUUUAUGACGGCGGCUCGAAAACCCGGACCUGCAGCGGCGGCGGCUCCUGGUCAGGCACGGACAUCGUCUGCACACGCCAAACGUGCUACUGGGAAGGAACAGCUCCAUUCUGCAACCCUGGAGGCUGUGAUAGUGGGAUCCAGGUGGCGAGUGGCAGCUGUGGCGAUGGAGCGUGCUGCUGGACUGGCCACAAGAUCAAAUGCUGUAACGGUGUGUAAGAACCUUUCCGUGCGGCCAGACCCGAGCUGAGGAGGCUUCACCAGUUUCCACUUUUCAUCUCAUUUCGGCAGGAUUCCCUUGACUUAGAUAAGGGGGAAACAUGCUUCCCACAUCUUUAUUAGCCACUACUUACUUUAUCAGUCAGACCAACAUAAACCAGGGGGUUUCUCACAUCUGAAACAUGCUUCCCACAUCAGAUGCAGGAGCCAGAUUACCUGUCCUGAAAUGAGUAGAAUGUGAGAACUGAAACCGUCCCAGUGAGUUAAAGCGGCUCCCAAUGUUUCCCUACCUCAGCCACAGUGAGCUAAAGGCAGAGCUUCACGCUUUAUAGUCAGGUUUACAGCUUAUAGGCAGCAGUUCCCAGAUACUUGUGGGCAAAAACAAUGGGAGCGCCUUUACCUCGCUGGUCACCAUGGCAACGGUCACCAUGGCAACGGUCACCACGGCAACGGUCACCACGGCAACGGUCACCACGGCAACUGCAGCACAAUGCUGGGGGCAGGGUAGGGAGAAGUACCCAGUCUAACUGGCCUCGGAUUUACCAAAACAUGAAAAAGAAAUAAUUGAAAUUCUUUCCUCCUGGAGCCCAGCAUUGUGUUUAGUGAUUCUGUAGUUUUAUCGGUUUAAAUCAGCACGUCGGCGGCACGGUUACUCCAUGAUGACAUUCGUCUGACACCCCGUCACCGUGUGGCCCGGAUGUAGCUCAGGCCUUCCUGCGUUUUAACCAGCCUCAUGACGUUAUACCGUGUUUUAUGACGUCAUGCCAUUCAAUGACGUCACACCAUCUAGUCUUCUGUGAUUUCAUUACGGCAUUCAAAGCUUCAGAGUAUAAAAGUCACAGUAAAGAGUAUAACAGUCACAAUAAAGAGUAUAAAAGUCACAGUAAAGAGUAUAACAGUCACAGUAAAGAGUAUAACAGUCACAGUAAAGAGUAUAACAGUCACAGUAAAGAGUAUAACAGUCACAGUAAAGAGUAUAAAAGUCACAGUAAAGAGUAUAACAGUCACAAUAAAGAGUAUAACAGUCAUAUUAAAGAGUAUAACAGUCACAGUAAAGAGUAUAACAGUCACAGUAAAGAGUAUAACAGUCUUAAAGAGUAUAACAGUCACAGUAAAGAGCAUAACAG